CUCACCCAGGGCCGAGAGGAGGUCAAGGCCAAGGAAUCAGCUGAAGAUGAGCGAAUGCAGCAGGCGAUGUCCCCGUCCUUUUCCAACCAGCAGGUGCUUGCUGCGAUUGCAGAAGUAUCCUUCGACGACAUCGACCUGAACAAAGAUGGUGUUAUCACGCCGGAGGAGUUUGCCGCAUUUGUUGCGAAAGUUCGAGCAAGUCUUGGUGUUGAAGCACCUCCCCAGGAAUCCUCUCCGCCAGCGCCACCUGCUCCUCCUGCGGAGUUUCCUUUGCUUCCUUCCGUGGGAACAUGGUACAUGGCAAAGCCAUUGCGACCGGAGGUUCAAGCGGCCAUUGCUUCAACCUUUGCAGAUGCCGAUGCCAACAAAGAUGGCGUCAUCUCAAAGGAGGAGUUCAAGGAUUUUGUGGAGAAGGCCACUGCGCUUCAGCCUGCAGAGGCACCAAAGUCUAAGUGGCAGCUGCUUCCAUCGGUGGGAACCUGGCUGGCCACAAAUUUGGACGCAGAGGCAGAUGAGUCAAAGCACAAAGAGGGCACAGUUGAAAAGCAGGUACAUGCAGCAAUUGCUGCGGCUUCCUUCGAAGACCUGGACACCAACAAAGAUGGUGUGAUCACUCGCGAGGAGUUCCAUGACUUUGUUCAGAAGGCCACAGCAUCUGCAGUGGAGGACACUAUCACUCCACGGGAGCAGGUGCAGCAUGAGCAGGUCAUUGUUGGACGAUUGGUCGAUCACUUCGUGGCUGCCAACAUGCCAAGGGGCACACUAUCAGGAGGAACCUCUCCGAUGGCUAGCUCACCUGGUACAGAGGUUGGCGUCAAGCAGAUCAGCCCACGAACCAUGUACAAGAGAAGGGUUGAAUGGGAAGAGAAGAUGGAGCAGGUCCGAUUGAAGAACUGGAUUGACACUCGGCUCAUCCCAAGCCUUCAAGAGGCGGUGAAAGAGGAGAGUGUCGCUACGCUCUGUGAAAGCCGUGGAAGUUCCCGCAGUGAGACUCCAAAGGCUGCCGAAAUGCGUCUUUGGAUCCAAAAGCAGCUGCAAAGCAAUUACGAGGCCGUGAGAGAAGGCAGCGUAGCAGUGGUCAGCAACACUGACUCGAGAUCUGGGACUCCGCCUGCCAAAGUUGAUGCUUGGCUCAAGGAGCAGCUGGACAUGCUCGAAAGCAGUUUGGACCAGGCUGCCAAGGAAGAAAGUGUGGCCACUCUGUGCAGCGCUGGAUCCAGGACUGACACCCCGGAUGUCAAGAUCGACAGCUGGCUGAAGAGUCAGCUUGAGACAAACCUCGAAUCUGCUGUGAGAGAAGGUAGUGUUGCCACAUUGGACGUGGAAAGUGUAGCUGCAGUACCACUGGUGCAACUGCCUUAUGUUGACUUCCGCAAGAAGGAGCCAGCAGGCUCCGCAGGUCCAGUUGUGGAGGGGCCUGCCAUCGCAGAGCUGGAUUUUGCGUUCGAGGACAUGGACUACGACACCGUGAUCUCAUCAGCAGAAACCACCAUUGGUAUGGUGGAAGCAAUCCGAAGAAGCCUGGCAGAACAGGCAGGCAUUCAGCCAGAUCAGAUCCGGGUGACAUUGGCACCUGGGAGUGUGAAAGUGAAGAUAUCGAUUGCAUGCGGCGACGUGGGGUCUGCGACAGUGGUGUUGCAACGGGCCACUCAAGGCGAUGGAGAUCCACUGAUCAGUCGCAUUGGUCAGCACGUGGCCAAGGUCCCAGGAGCCAGACAAGCGCAAAAAUCCGGUGGCGAUUUGGUCAUUGGCAAUAUCCGUGUCAAGGCAUGA